UUGCGAUGUAAACAUCCGAGUUCGACAAGUUUCAACAUGUUUUCCAGAUUUUAUAACCGGUUUGAGAGAAGUGGGUACUGCAAUCCAGCAGUCAACAUGUCGGGUCGGGUAAUACGUGAAAUACGAGAUCCUUUGGAAUCUCUGGAGCGAAUGCUUAAUCGGACAACUUUAACAACACAGCGGGUUCAGCAUGACCAGAUCAUAAAGCUCGGCGGUCGCAUGCUGGAGGUAAAAGCAGACGACUCAACAGCUGAGAGAGACAAAGCGAUCCAAGUUGCGAUCGAAGGAACCGAGGCACGUGCAACGCGCGAGCUCCGGGCCGCCUUAAAACGCUUGAAGAACCAGAAAGACGCCGAAAGGGCUCGUGCAUUGCAGACACAAGCAGAAUAUUUUGAGCGGCAUGCCCAACGCCUAGCCGAGCAGCGUGACAAGGCGGAGGAGGAGCGAAUUCGAGACCUGAAAAGGAAGUUCCAGCUGGAGAAAGAAGACGCACUGGUGGCGCAGCUAGAGGAGAGCGAGGCCGAGAAGGAGCGGGCGGUCCGCGCCGCGUGUGACCUUUUAAGAGAGGAUCUCGCCAAUCAGUUCGUCAUGGAGAGGGAUCGAGCCGUGGCAACCGCGCUUGAAGUAGCUGCGGAAGGAUUCAGACGGAAAAUGAAAGAGGAAUUGGAGAAGAAGAAACAGGCGUGUAGAGAGGAAGCUGAGAGAGAGGCGGCGAAAACAGCGCUGUUACACAAGGCAGAGCUUGACAAGGCGUUUAAGAGAUAUUCUUUUAUCAAGAAAAUGUACAAAAGAGAACUAGUCCUUAGAAUAAAAGCUGAAGAAGAUUUUAGAAAUCUGCAGACGGACUACCAACGGUUCCUCGAUAACACCGAUGGACGUUUCCACUCGGACUAUUUAAUCAAGCUGAGGCACGAAAGACAGAAUCUUGCCGAACUGGCGGCUAAUAUUGUGGGCAAUGAGCGUGUAGUACAGCUGCAUAUACCAGACAAGUGGUAUUUGUGAAACUGUGGUGAUGAUCUCAUGUUUAGACAAUGGUGUAAGAUGAUGAAAAUUAAUAGUGACUAAGAUAUUCCGGAUUGAUGGUCAAUUCACUAGUGAAUCUCGUCAGAGAGAGAGAGAGAGAGAGAGAGAGAGAGAGAGAGAGAGAGAGAGAGAGAGAGAGAGAGAGAGAGAGAGAGAGAGAGAGAGAGGAGGAGGGGAGGGGGGACUUGUGUAUGGAAUUUAAUUGUAUUUAGAUGAAAUUAGUGGGUGAGCCGUAACUCGAGCAUGCAUUUAUAAACGAGUAUACUAAAAUAUACCGCUCCAUAUCGGUAUCGGUAUUGCGUCCAUACCGAAUACCAUACCGAUACCGAGGUAAAUCCCCCCCCCCCCCCAAAAAAAAAAAAACAAACAAAAAAACAAAACAAUAUCGAUACCUAUAGCGAAGCUGAAAUUUCAAUACCGCCCAGCUCUAGUUACUUUUUGUUUUCAAGUAUUCCUUGAUGUUAGGUUCAUAUCAGAAGAUUAUCUAGUUACUUGGUGAUGUAAUAACAUUAUAGGGAUAUUUAAGGUGUCUUUGAUAGUCAUGCAGUGGACCGUGAAUUGCAUUAAACUAUACAUAUUAACCUUAGUAACCAAGAAAAUACCAACAUAUUUAAAUCUGUCCAGGACUUCAUUAUAAAUAGUAAACGUUUUGAGACGACUUCAUUCACUUACACCCAUUCUCUCUCUCUCCAUAUAUAAUUUUUUGUAACGUCAAUCAUGUCCACCACAGUUUAUUUAAGGUCGUGUGUAAAUUUGUUUUUUGACAUAAACAAUCCAAAAACGAAAUCCAUAGAUGCAACAAUGACGAACAUAUAGAUAUCUGAAAUUUACAAAGUCGCGAAGAUAUAACCUCAAUGCUUAUUUAUUUAUCUCUUUUACGAUGAAAAUCUGUUGGCAGGGUUGCAACUAGUCAAAUCACAUUUUUAUUUCAAAAGUUGCCUCUUUUUGUCUAAAUAAAGAAGACAUAACAUUGUGCCCUGGGGCAAGUUCAGCGAAAACGUUUCGCUAACGUUCGCGAAGUAUUUGAUUGGUUCCCGACGUUGGUUUACCGUGCAGCGCAUAAAUCAGUCUAGCUGACAUUUUUCUGCUUGGCCUGGCUAAGCUCGCCACCAGUUCCCCCAGCCUCCUACCUCUUCCACUUCCCAGUUCUCUAUUGCUAUAGAGCUGGAACCUUUAUUCGAUAGUCGUUUGACCAACAGAUUUUUUCCCCCAACAAAAAUAAGGUUAGUACCGUCUUUUGGCGAAACAUUUGGCCAAUCCUGGUUGGGAACAUGUCUACAUGUAGUUACUUUUAGAAGCUGAUAGAGAGAAAAAAAGCAACACAAAAUAUUAAAAAUUUGCACAAAACCACGUCACUUUAUGUAGUCGAUCAACGAUAGCAAUACGUCUAUUGAACUUAGUACAUGUUUAUAUUUGGUUUCACAUUAUUUAUGUUAUGCUUUAUAGUGCUAUGUUCAGUAUCGGAUCCAGAUGCUUACUAGGGGAUCCUUGUUGUUUUUUGUUGUUGUUUUUUAAACAGACAUUUUAAUUUAUUUAUUCGAAACACGUAUUGAACGGAGCUCAGAAAUUGCAUAAAAUAUUAUUGUUGUGACUAAAACAAAAUGCUUUCGAACAAUAUAUUUAAAGAGUUAUUUUAGUACAAUCAUAUAAUACUUCAAUAUUUUAGUAGUUUCGGUAAAGAAUGAGGGUUUCAUUGCUGAAACGUUAGGGUUGCCAGAUCCACAUACUCUUCGAACCAUCACCGAUGUUAUUAAUGUUUCUAGAACUGUUUAUAUAGUUAUAUAAUAUGCUUGCAAUAAUCUCCAGAUGGAUGUUAGGCCCCGUGACAGUAAAAUCGUAAAGUCUACACCCAUGACGGUAAUAACUUACUUAAUCCCCUUCGUGCUGAGAAGCCCAUGAGGCUGUAAUUAGAGGUCGCCACUGUUGCCUGUUUUUUUGCCAGCUUCUCCAGCAGCCCCCAGCUUAGUCUGUCCUCUCGGAUUUCCUUCUCUACUGUCCUCCUCCAUGUUUCUUUCGGUUUUCCUCGUUUCCUUUUUCCAGGAGGGGUCCAUCGGAGUGCCACUCGUGGCAGGGCUGUUUGAGGCAUUCUGAUGGCAUGGCCAAUCCACCGCCACGUUCGGCGCUUAAUAAAGUCUCGCUUAUAUAAAUUGCAUGCAGUUAAAAUCUACAGACUUUGUUGAAGUCCUGAGUCUUGCCAUUAACGUUUUAGUGUUCGGCCCUAUCCCGUGCCUAGGCUAUAUAAACCAUGGAUCUACAGGACUCGUAUCUUUAAUGACGUUACACGCAAACAAUUUACAAGUACGCAUUGCCAUGACGUUGAAGUCUCAAAAAGCUAUUAGACUUCAUUCUAGACAGGGAUCGAAAUACUGCUGCCCCUACCAGUGCCUUACCGAACAACAUCACCAUGGGCCAGGAGAUCUUCUUGCUUGCAGUCCUACAUCAGACCGGCAAUUAGUUUGCGUUUAUAUACAUACUUUAUGAUCAUGUUUGGUCCGACAGUUUUUAUUUGGUCCGGCAGACUUUGUAGCUUGCUGGAUCGAAUGACCGGAAGGAAUGUAAGCUAAUUUCAACUCAUGCUGGACUAUAAUAUUUUUAAUAGAAUUGUCCAUGGAACUCAAUUACCAAAGAUUUGUUGAUAUGUAUUCAUAUAUUUGUUUUAUUUAUAAGCAGGCGAUUAAUUGAAUCAUUGAUGUAAAUGGUUUAGUAUAAAUUAUUAUAAAACAAUUUAAAAUG